AUGUAUAACUUAAGGGGGAGGAAUUACAAUAUGGAUGGUGAUCUAUUAUAUUUGCUGAAUAAUAAAUUGGGUAAUAUACAUAAUAUUGGUCAGAAUCAUUCGAAUGAAAAUUUUAACAAAAAACUUGAAUUAUUAAAAAAGCAAAUUGAAAAAAUUCAAGCAUAUGAAAAUGCGUAUACAGGAAUGAACUAUGACGAUAUUUUAGGCAAUGAUCUCGAUGAAUUAACAGAUCAAAAAAAAAAUAUUUUCGGAAUGGACGAAGAAGAUUUAGACAAUUACGACGAAGAUUUUUGGGGGCAAGGUAAAACAGUAACUAAGGGUGAGACGGAGGAGACAAUAGCAGUUGCAAAUACUCAAGGAACAGAAGGUGUACAGACUACACCACAACCUGCAUUAAGCACUGCAUCACAAGAUCAAGCUUCUGGAGGUGGUAGUGGAUCCACAGCAGAACAUAAUGGUACACCUCAAGCGGUUCCUUCGGCUCAAAGUCCACCUGGAAGUUCAGGUAGUAGUUCAGGCACAGAAAGUCAAGCACAAAAUCAGGUAUCCGGAACACAAUCUCCGUUACAGAAAGAAUCAGCACCAGUUUCAAAUGUACCAUCGAAGGUUAAACACUUAGACAGAAUAUAUGAUGACGUUCUUGAUAAAUUAAAAAGAAAAAACGAAAUAGACGAAACUACGUACCAUACAAAAUAUAACGAUUUUAAAAGAGAGUAUGACGACUUUACUAUGAAUGAUAAGGAGUAUGAUAUGGUUAAAAAACUCUUUGAAGAGUGUUUUAAAAAUGGUGCAGGGGAGGGUUCAAAUACGACUUGUUUGAUUGAUGUACUUAAAAAAGCUUUAGAAGAUAAAACAUUUCAAAAAAAAUUUGAAAAUUUUAUGAAUGGUAUUUACAGUUUUGCUAAGCGUCAUAAUUAUUUAAAUGACAAACGAAUAAGUAAUGAGGAGCAGUACAACGCUUUACUCAAAAAUGUCUUAACUUUAUUAAACACUGUGUGA